AAAGGGAAGUUAGUUAGAAACGGAGCGGAAGAAAUGAGAAAAGAGAGAAACAACAAAACUCUCCAAGUUCUCUCCUAAUUAAUUCCAUUCUUUUUCGUGGCGGAAUUCCUUGCAUUUCCCGGUGGUCCUUCUGGCGGCGGCGGUGGUGGCGGUAUCGGUAGCGGUAGCGGUAGCGGCGACUUUCGUGGUGGCUUUGAGAGUCGUUUUGUGAUUGUUCUGCAACUACGUCGACGAUCACAAUUCGAAACAACAACAAGAAGAAAGAAGACAAAAACAGCUUCAACAAUUACAACAACACACACACAGUUUCAAUUUCAAUCAUGGCGUAUAGGAGGAGACAAGCAAUCACCAGAGCUUCUACUUUCAAAGAAGAGAUCCAUUAUCCUUCUGACGAAUUUGAUCACAAUUCCAUCUCUUCUUCCUCCUCUUCCUCUUCUUCUCUUGCUGCCCAAGCGAUCCGAGCUUCUGCUACUCAUCAUGAUUCUUCUCAUUCCUCUGCCUUUGCCGGUGCUUCCUCCAACUUUUCCCCUGGCCAUAUGCGAUCCAAGAGUUUUGCUGGUGAGAAUGUAUUCAAAAGUGAGUCAAAAUCCGGGUUUUGGGGUGUUCUGGCUCGGAAAGCUAAGGCCAUUCUUGAAGAAGAUGAUAUAGCCAUAGAAGAGGAACCAAGUAGGUUCCAGCCCAUUAAUACCUCAAACCGUAGCCAGGAGCCAUGUCAGUCAACAAAUUGCGACUCAAAGAAAACGGACAAUCCGGCAAUACGGAAGGGUUUGGAUGCAAUCUCAACUUCGCUUAAUCAACUUGGGGACACAUUUGAAAAGGCAUACGGGGAAGGUCGCACAAUUGUGGAAAAUAAGACUGCAGACAUAAUUCAAGAAACUCGCAAACUGCAGAUUAGGAAAAAGGGCAAUAAUACUGAAGGGUUAUACCCUGCUGUGAAUAAUCAAUGGCAGCAACCGAAUAUACAAUCUCCAGAACCAAAUAUGCAAACACAUCAUGAAACUCAACUGAAGGCAUCUCGAGACGUUGCGAUGGCAACAGCUGCCAAGGCCAAACUGUUACUUCGGGAGCUGAAAACCAUUAAAGCAGAUCUGGCUUUUGCUAAAGAAAGAUGUGCACAACUAGAGGAAGAAAACAAAAUUCUCAGGGAAAAUCGGGAGAAGGGAGAUAAUCGUGCAGAUGAUGACUUGAUUCGGCUUCAAUUAGAGACUCUUUUGGCUGAGAAAGCACGUUUGGCGCAUGAGAAUUCAAUAUAUGCCAGGGAGAACCGUUUCUUAAGGGAAAUUGUGGAGUACCAUCAACUGACAAUGCAAGAUGUGGUCUAUUUAGAUGAAGGAAUGGAAGAAGUUACAGAAGUUUAUCCCAUAUCCACCUCUCCAGAGAUCACCAAAACGCUUUCUAAUUCUGUUUCCCCACGCUCCCCAACCUCACCUUCUUCACCCAUGGAAGUUCUUCCUGCUGUUCCUCCUCCUCCUAUUCAAUCUAAACAAGAUAAGGAUCAUCAUGACAAAGACAGUGAUGAACACCCAACUUCCAGUACUACAUUUUCUGAGGAAGAAGAAGAAGAAGAAGAAGAAGGUACUAAAACAAAACCCUUGCCUUCUACUACUUCUUCUUCCUAAGGAAUUUGAUUUUUCUGUUCUUUAAGUUAAAAAAAAAAAAUGUGGAAAAGAGGGGGGAUUUGUUAUUUUUCUUUGCAUGAUUUAUAUUCUUUGUUCUUGAUGAGUGAGGGAGUGAAAUUAUAGAAGAAAUGCGUGGGAGGGGAGGGCAAAGAAGGCAGAGUUGGUGGUUGGUUUGAUUCUUUUUUUUCUUUUAUUUUCUUUUUUUCAUUCAUUGACCAUUUUUUUUGUACUAAAAUUAACAAAGUGAGAAUUGUAGAGUAUGGCUAUGCCCAGGUGAAAAAUGUUGCAAAAUAAUAAAAUAUCGAUUCAUUUUGUUUUGUUGUA